UCCGUCACCUCAUUUGCUGUGGGCUCGUCCAUUAUGCAUCUCAUCGCUCUCACCUAUACUGGUGUCAGACUCCAUGAAGCGGCACAUCAACCUCUGAAUAUUCUGCAUGAUUUGGCUGGGAGAAAUAUGCCAGAUAGAGUAAUUGGACUGGUCACUCUGUUCACCAACAAGUUGUCUCAACGUCAGAUCGGAAUCUGCCCCUUAGGACUCAUGACCAUCACGAAGGACACUAUCCUAACGAUCAUUGGUACCCUCCUCACCUACGUUUUCAUUGUGAUCCAGUUUAAACCGGAAUCAAGUGGUGGAUGUCGACAAGCUGAAAACGCUACGGCAAUAUAGUGGGACCGACUAAUACUUGAGCCGUUCGUUAUUCAGUGAGAGACUUUGUUGUCAUUUCUUGUCACAUCGUCCGUUUUUCAA